AUGAGCAAUUCAUCGGCCUUUUUCCCCGACGCGAACGGCUGCCUCCGCCUCUCGGCCGGCCACGUGGAGGGGUACUCUGCCGCGGACGCGGUGCAGCACACGCCCGUGACCACGCUCGGCGGGCUGGUGGACAAGCACCUUGAGGCCAAGCUCAGCGGCGCGGGCGAGGCGGUUGCCGACCUGGUCAAGGGCGAGGGCGGAGACUUCGACUGCCCGCAGCGGCUGGUGGACCUCUGCGCCGCAGACACGGCCGUGGCGGCGACGCCGUGCUGCGUGUGCUACUCGACCGACACGGUCGGAGGCAACAGCGGCUCGCCCGUGCUCGACGCCAACGGCGACUUCGUCGCCAUCAACUUUGACCGCCAGCGGCUCGGGCUGAUGAACGAGUUCAAGUGGAGCGCGGAGUACUCCCGCUCGAUCGGCACCGACGUGCGGUACAUCCUGCUGCUCGUCGGCCAGUACGACGGCGCGCAGUGGCUUGUCGACGAGAUGGUCGGCUGAGAGGAUCUGCUGCGGCGGCGGCACUCGCUUCUGGCAGGCUGGGCCUAUGGCUUGUGAUCGCGGUAAGCGCAGCCACCUCCGCCGCCCUGCCGGCGGGGACAUGCCGAAAUGCGAAAAUGUUGCAGGCUUUUCUUUCAUGCAAAAUAAUUAACUGGG